AUGGCACCCCCAUAUGUCUGGACCGACCCUCUCCAAGCACUGGCUCUCAUAACGGAGAAUCCAGCGCGAUUAUCCGAAGAAUUAUCCUCAGCUCUCUCGAAUCCAGAUGAAUUUGAAACCGCUCGCCAGAGAGCCAAAACUUUGGUUGAAGAUUACCAGCGUGUUUCUCCAAGUGAUGAUACAGCUCCAGUGCUUCGACUUUUUCUUGAGAAGCUGCCGAAAGAGGGCCAGACGGCUUUAAUAAGUGAUAUAAUCACCAGCGAGAAUUUACGUACGCUACGGGACCACCUUGUCGACGCAAUCCUAAAACCUAUGAAGCUAGCGGGCGGCAAACAGCCAGUCACUGCGCCAAGCAACCCACUACUAAUAGAACAAAUUGAAUUGGCCAUGACUGAAAUUGAACCAUCUUAUGGGAAUGUAAUGAUUAUGGACAACUCCCUUCACGCAGCGUUUGGGGAGUACUCAAUCGGAUUAUGGCCUAUGGACGAAGACAAUACAUACCAUAUUCGCUCACUUGAUGGCAUAGGUCUUCCCUCAGGCAUCCCAACAGACCGGGAGUAUGUUCAAUUCAUAUCCCACGAUCAUCAACUGCCUUUACCCGCUAAAGACUUCUUGAAGACGCAUUACCGAAUUGGCGAAAUCCUCCAAGUAAGUGGUAUUGGGCGGAAGAUUGAGGAUGAAUUGGACAACUCCUUGGACGAUCCAUUGAAUCUACGGCGAGAUGGAUCCACUGAUUUGUGGUCAAUCCUGGAAAGGAAGAUGCUAAUAAAUGUUUAG